AAACGGCCGAGCGUCACGAGCCGCGUCGCGUCGCGUCGCGCUGGUGCUCACGUCGUCACGUUGCCACACCGCACCGACGAGCUCGCCGCUGUCGCUUGUGGCCGUCCGCCGCCGCGAUGGACCUCGUAAAAGACGGCUGGUUUACGGAGCUGUGCACGCUGUGGCCGGGGCAAGCGAUGAGCCUCCAGGUGGAGGAGGUCCUGUACCACCAGAAGUCCACGUUCCAAGAUGUCAUGGUGUUCAAGAGUAAAACCUACGGCAACGUCCUGGUGCUGGACGGAGUGAUUCAGUGCACGGAGAGAGACGAGUUUGCCUACCAAGAGAUGAUCGCCAACCUUCCACUGUGCAGCCACCCGUGCCCCCGGAAGGUUCUGAUUAUCGGCGGAGGAGAUGGCGGUGUGCUGAGAGAAGUGGUGAAGAAUCCUCUGGUGGAAUCGGUGGUUCUGUGCGAGAUCGAUGAGGACGUCAUUAAUGCAUCGAAGAAGUUCCUCCCGGGGAUGGCCAAAGGGUUUUUCAAUCCCAAGCUCACCCUCCACGUCGGGGACGGCUUUGAAUUCAUGAAGCAGAACCAGGACGCCUUUGACGUCAUUAUAACUGAUUCGUCAGAUCCAGUCGGACCUGCUGAGAGUUUGUUCAAGGAGUCUUACUAUCAACUGAUGAAGACGGCAUUGCGAAACGGAGGAAUUCUUUGUUCCCAGGGAGAGUGUCAGUGGCUCCAUUUGGAGCUGAUCAAGGAGAUGCAGACCUUCUGCAAGACUCUAUUCCCCGUGGUGGACUACGCCUACAGCACCAUCCCCACUUAUCCCAGUGGUCAAAUUGGAUUCAUGCUCUGCAGUAAAAAUCCCGAAACAAAUUUCAAGGAACCAGUGAAAGCUCUGGCGAAAGAAGAAAUAGAAAAUAUGAAGCUUAGAUAUUACAACCCAGAAAUCCACAAAGCCUCAUUCGUCCUCCCCGAGUUUGCAAGAAAGGUACUCUUUGACGCAUGACGGACAACAACAGACCACCAUGUUCAUCCUCUACCUGGCCCCUCAGUCCACUGAUGAACACACUUCCUCUCUGGCCUCUCCACCUCCGCAACGCAGCUCCGCUUCCACUGAAGCAGCCGCCUGAAUAUUUUGUGCGGCAGGCACAUAAUAAUCAGUGGGUGGCAACUUGCAGAUUUACACAGAGAACGUGUUAGCUUGUUCACUUCCUUCCAGCACAGUCGUGGUGUUUAUUUAUUUUUCUCAUGUCUGAUUAAUUUCUGCUCUGUAAUUGUCUUAUCAGCAAUUUGAUGGGGCCGGGCCGAGUGGGAAGAGCAUUGCAAUCAAACCUGACCUCACUCUGCAACAUUGUACUGUUUUAUUGGAUUCACUGCAUCUACACGUUAUGCAUUAUAUAGCAUACCAUAGAAAGUAUGUAUAUGUUCUGCAUUUUUAUUUGUAAUACUGGAUAUCAGCUUGUGCUCAUAGGAAGAAUCAGUCACCAUUGGUUAUUACUGUAUGUUCAGAAUACUGUGUCCUCUACAGACGGUCAAUCCAUUUGGAUUUUUUCAUAUUCAAUUGGGAAACCAUCGUCAAGAAUUUAUGAAGCCAACGCAAAUAAAAAAGUAAUUGCUUGUUUUUUUUGGUCGUUCAAUUUUAUGCUAAAUUAAAAAAAAAAAGGGCAUUGGAUCGAAUUUUAUUUUGUUAUUCAAUUUGUCAUAUUUGUGUGACCAGGAAGUUGAUGACAUCUUUAUUUGAUCAAUUUGCAGCAAAUAUAUUUGGUCAAUGGCUGUAUUCUAUUUAAUGUAAUGAAACAAGCCUUUAUUAGAUAUUUUUGUUUUAACUAAACAAAUUGGGUUUUUUUCAUCUUCCGAUUUUGGAUUCUUGAUUGAAUAUGACAAGAAUAAAUGAUGUUCGGAUGAUGAUCCAUCUAGUGCCUGAAAAAAGUUUUUUUUUCUGUUGUUGAAAAGGAAAUGUUCCCCCUCCGUAUCUACCGGUGUACCAGGAAGAUGGUGUUCUAGAUGAGUUUUCAUUCUAGACGACAGCUCAAAAGAUAUCGUCAUUGUAACUGAUGAUCUUUAACCAUCAAUUUAAUGUUGAAUGCUGCAACGUUAGUUGAAAAAAAUUGCAGUGUUGUAUCGGAGCUUUGCAAUGCAAGAAAUGUGUUUUUAAGAUUCAUUAUGCAAUUAUAACUUGCAGUAUAAGGUAUUGACCACUGGCAGUAAGCUUGUACCCUAGUAAACCUGAAUGCUACAGUCUCUCUGCAGGAUGCUGCUGGUUCCCCUGUCAACGGGAAUCUAAUGUCUCAGUGUGGUUUAUUUGUUUGCUGAGCUAACGUCAAAGACCUUCGGUGGAUACCUAUUACUUAAAAAUCCACGGCGUCAUAUUCGAGCAAUGAAUUUGUUUUUAUAUUAAUUCUGAACUGUAAUAAAAUUGAUAACAAAAUGAAAAAA